GAAGAUAAAUAAAUGUGCUUAUCGCAGUUUAACCUAAAAAUGUACUUACUACUUAAAAUGAAAUAAAAAUGUUGAAUUUCCGAAAAUUGUUCUCAAAAAAAUGCGCUGUAAUAGGAAUGGUUCACGUGGAAGCACUGCCCGGUACACCCUUGUUUAAAAAUAACCUACAGUCUAUUAUAUCAAAAGUCAAAAAAGAAGCUGAAAUUUAUUUAGAAAAUAAUGUGGAUGGCAUUCUAUUAGAGAACAUGCAUGAUGUUCCUUACAUCCAAUCAAAAGAUUUUGGCCCUGAAAUCACCGCUUCCAUGAGCAGAAUAUCCACGGAAGUUAGACAUUUAGUACCUAAUGAUAUUCCCUGUGGUAUACAGGUGUUAUCAUGUGGAAACAAAGAAGCAUUGGCCAUUGCAAAAGUAUGCUCUUUGAAUUUCAUUCGAGCCGAAGGUUACGUUUUUAGUCAUAUAGGAGAUGAGGGUUUUACAGAUGCUAAUGCUGGCAAAUUGUUAAGGUACAGGAAACAAAUAUCGGCAGAAGAUGUUUUGGUUUUUGCCGACAUAAAGAAAAAACACAGUUCACACGCUAUAACAAGCGACAUUUCUUUGGAAGAAACGGCCAAAGCAGCCGAAUAUUUUCUGGCCGACGGUGUUAUACUCACAGGAACAUCUACAGGAUAUCCAGCCGAUUACAAUGAAUUAAACAUGUUAAAAUCGACAUCCAGAUUGCCUGUUUUAAUAGGUUCGGGUGUAACAGUUGAAAAUUUGGAAAAUUACAUUGGUGCGGAUGGUCUAAUUGUAGGUUCGCAUUUUAAAACUGCUGGUUUUUGGCAAAAUGAUAUUGAUAAAGAGAGAGUAAAAAAGUUAAUGCAGAAAUUGAAUCAAAUAAGAUCUGAAUAAAAGCAUAAAAUUAAACAGAUUAUAUACGUAUUAAAUACUCAAUAAAAAGCCUAAACCGCUGUCUA